CUUAAUUAGAUGUUAUUGAUUAGAUCGUGAGUCUGUUUUCAUGUAAGACACCCCUAUUAUUAUUGGGUACUACUCCUGGCACUUCCUUGUUCAAAAGUUUUAUUUAGGGGAAGGCUUGGGCAAAAGUUGGUGACCGGUUUGGAUAUUUUCGAUGUUGUUGUCAGAUUGUAGGGCAUGGAUCACAUUUAUCGUACAUUUUGGCAUAACUAGCGUGUAGCUACCGCAGUUUUCCCAUGGAUGUAAUCAUUAGAAGCUGGCUAACGUUGCACUGAGAGGCUCCAUAAAGAGGAAGAUGUCCACGGCUAACGUUAGCGAUGACAUCCAAGUGAAGUUUCCCCUGCACUCCGCAGUGUGGGAGAAUGAUUACAGGAAACUGGAAGAACAAAUAACGAUACCACAGAAUGGCAUCGAGACUGUGGAUCCCAGGGGUCGGACACCUCUGCACUUGGCUGUGUCACUCGGACACCUGGAGUCAGUGAGAGUCCUUUUGAGACACGGCGCUGAAGUGACUAAAGAAAAUGCCAAGAACUGGACAGUGCUGCAGGAGGCAGUCAGCACCGGAGAUCCAGAGAUGGUUCAGUUAGUGCUUCAACGCAGAGACUACCUCAAAGCCUCCACUGCUCUGGGAGGAGUGCCUGAGCUGCUGUCAAAGAUCCGAGAGUCUCCAGACUUCUAUAUGGAAAUGAAGUGGGAAUUCACCAGUUGGAUCCCUCUUCUGUCCCGGGUUUGUCCAAGUGAUGUUUGCCGCAUUUGGAAAAGUGGCGCCAGCCUGCGAGUGGAUGCCACUCUUCUAGGCUUUGAAAACAUGACCUGGAUCAGAGGACGUAGAAGCUACAUCUUCAGAGGAGAUGACUCGUGUGCCGAGUUGAUGGAGGUGAACCACGACGAUGAAGUAGUGGACACUGAACGCUUCAACAUCUCUCAAGAAAUGGAGGAUGUCACACUAGAGUCAAUGCAGCCAGCUGAACAGGAAGUUGCCAAAAGGUUGACUACUCCCAUUGUCAACACCUACUUGGACACCAAGGAUAUUGCUUUUGAGAGGAACAAGUCUGGGAUAUGGGGCUGGAGAACUGACAAAACUGAAGUGGUCAAUGGAUUUGAAGCAAAGGUUUUCAGUGUGAACAAUGUAAAUGUGGUGAUCAGGACAAGGACAGAGCAUCUUACAGACGAGGAGAAAGCCAGGAUAAAGAGUGAGAGGAACAUCCUGGAGUCUCUGCUGGGGACUGUGGAGCAGCACAUAAGUGCACAAGGGGACCUUACUCUCGAGUAUGCAACUGCCACCAAUCCCACUGCCAUCACGCCAGAGGAAUAUUUUGAUCCCGACUUUGACCUUGGGAACAGAGACAUCGGCCGACCCAUUGAACUAAGCAUUCGAACACAGAAGUUCAAAGGUACAUUGUGGAUGAGUGAGGAACAUCCCCUGUCCCUGGUGGAGCAGGUAACCCCCAUUAUUGACCUCAUGGCCCGGACAAGUUCCCAUUUUGCGCGGUUACGAGACUUUGUAACCCUAAAGUUUCCUCCAGGAUUUCCUGUUAAAAUAGAGAUUCCCCUGUUUCAUGUACUGAAUGCCAAGAUUACAUUUGGUAAUGUAAAUAAAUGCAGUACUGCAGAGGAAGUGAACACAACACCAGCAGCCACGCCAACAUCCUCAGGGGAAGAUGAAGAAGCAGCAGCAUUGCCUCCGUUUCAAGUGUGUCCCUCAGUGUUUGUGGUGCCUGGCAGUUACCACCGCAGAGGGGGCAGCCGCCACACGCCCAUGUCCAACAAUGAUGAGGAGAUUUUGCAGUAUGUCAUCCAUCAGAGUCUCCUGGAGUCUCGCAGAGUCCCGGGCCAGGAGGGGUCCGGGGAUGAUGCUGAUGGGGAAUUCAGUGACAUAAUCCCCAGUAGCCAGAGUGACAGGAGUAUCCCAGAGGGGGUGCUAGUGGAUUAUGGAGACACCUCCAGCCCCGCCAGCUCCAUCUCUGCCUCUAGCCCCGACACAGACCUCCGCCUGGCCAUGGAGCUCUCCGCGCGAGCUCAGGAGGAAGAGGAGAGGAUGAGGAAGCAAGAGGAAGAAGAGCUGGAGAGGAUAUUGCAGCUAUCGCUCACUGAGAAGUAAAAGGAAUAAGAGGGAAUAAUAGUACAACUUUUCCAGAUUCAGAAACAACCACCACACCUCAGUUCUCCUUCCUAACCACUGUAGUCAUCUAUGCAACUGCAGAUUUCUUUCUGUAACAGAUCAUUCUUGCACAGGCAAUAUCAAACCCUCAGUAUCCAAUAUUUUCCAAAAGGUAUUUUUGGUAAGAGCAUACUCCUUUUAUAUAUUUCUAUCUCAGCAUAGGGCAUCUCCAUCCUCAAGCUUGAUUCAUGGACUCUUUGAGAUAAUUUCAAGUGGGUUCUACUUUUUAUUUAUUUAUUUUCUUUUCCAAUUCAGAGUCAUAGCAGCAACUCACAUGUGUCGAUCGCAUUGUCAUCCGUAGUGCGGUCGAGUCAGUGUAAUUAAGGUUCUUUGAACAAAAAUGUUUGACUACUCCAGGUGACUUCAUGUAGUGUUGGCACUCAGAUGUGGCACUUAAGGUCCAGAAACUGUUGUUUUUUUUUUGUUUUUUUAUUUGUUGUUGGGGUUUUUUUCCUGGUACCUGUCGCCUACUCUGGAUCUAAAGAGACAGAUUUGAGUGUUUUCACUGGGAAGUCUUCCCACAGAGUCACUUUGUUGAGGACCAUGGGCUCACUGAAAAACAGAAAUCUCAGGGUUUCAAUUUUACACAUUUUCCCUUCACUUUGGAAUUUGUUAGUUAAUCAGGUGUAAAAACUAUCGAUAAUUGUAGGUAAAUGUUUCUGUGGUGCAUCAUUCAUGCAUAUCACUCUUCGCCAUACAAAUAUUAAUUCAGAAAGUUGAGUUCAUUGAGUCAAAAGUUCAUAAGUUCUUGCAUGUUCCUUGUACUUUGACAAUGUACACUCUACAGAUGGGUAAACAAAAGCAUGUUGCCAUGAAAGAAACUUUAAAUUGGCUGUAUGGUAACGUAAUAUCUUUGCUGCAUCAAGAAUAGGGGUUUAACGUUCCUUUUCGUUUAUUUGAACAUUUUUCCUGCUUUCACGGUGAGACACAAAUAUGUCCUGUAUUUGUGUUAACUGUCACUGAGCAACUUUAAGCAUUAUCACCUCCAUUCAAAAAUGCAAUAGCAGAGACCAGUCUGUCUGUGGUUCUACAGCCGUCAUGCAGCUUACAAGCAGUCACACAACCAGUGUAACAGAGAUUUUUUUCUGAUUCCUAAGGGCAGUCUGCCUUAUGUAGCCAUGAACAACUUUAGACCUCCGAGCAGAGGAAAAGACAGCACAGGCUGAAAGGUCCGGUGUAGCCGCCACAUGUAGGAUUAGUUUCUUCAGCAUGUGCCAACAGAUUGCUUUGCUCCGAUAACAGUUGGUGGGAGCGAGGGGUGGUGCCACUCAGACUAAACUUUCUGAAAAAAAAAAAAAAUGUUUUUUCUAAUUUUGUAACUUAAAAACAAGAUGAAGAGGGUGAUGCUGAGUAACAUGCAUUAACCACUAUAGUUGAUUUCACUGACAACCAACCACUUAUCAAAGGUCUGUCUGUGUUGCUGCUUCUGUCUUUCAGGGGCUUCAGCUGAAAAAUCAUUAAUUACAAUGAUCAAAUUGCCAAACUGCUGAACAGUCGACUUUAAAAAAAAAAAAAAAAAAA